AUGGCUGCUGCAGGUAAAGCUGGUGCAGAAUUAGCUACUUUUGGAGCCGGUUGUUUCUGGGGUACAGAGAAAUUUUUUCGUAAACAAUUUGGAACUAAUUUAAUUUCUGCUAUGGUUGGUUACAUGGGUGGUGCUUCGAAAUCUAAUUAUGAAGAUGUUUGUACUGGUACAACAAAUCAUGCUGAAGUUUUACAAGUAUCUUACGAUCCAAAUAAAGUAGUAUAUGAUGCUCCUGAAAAUAAUACAAAUGGUAGCACACCAACGAUGCCUUCUACUACCACAUCAACAGUAUAUUCUGCAUCAAAUGAACCCGAUAUUCCACUAAUUCUGGGCCUUACAUUAGGAUUAGGAAUUCCACUUAUUCUUGUAACAAUUGCUUUUAUCGCUUAUUAUGUUAGGGUGCACACCCGUGGAAAACAAUAUCAUAAAGAUUCCGCUGAGUUUGAUAUUCCAAGGAUAUAUUCGAUUGAUCGAUAUGAUGGUGACAAUCAAAUCUUAACUACUAUUUUUUAA